GCCGCGGCGGGCUCGGCGAUGGCUCUCUGGUCCAGCUGGGCGGUCGCGGCCGUGACCGUGUUCCUCCAGUGGGUCCUCCCUGGCGUCUCGCAGGCCCAGACCUUCUCCUUCCCUUUCCGGCAGCCGGAGACCUGCGGCCGCAGCCAGUACUUCGACAUCUCCGCGCUCUCCUGCGCCCCGUGCGGAGCCCACCAGCGGCAGGACGCCCGAGGAACUUCAUGUGUGUGUCUACCAGGAUUUCAGAUGAUCUCUAAUAAUGGAGGAGCUGAUAUUAUUUGUAAAAAGUGCCCAGAAGACAAGACAAGUAAGACUAAACUUACUUGGCUAUUAAAUUCUGUUGAAUGUUGUUUUAUCUUUGUAAAUGACUCUUGGUUGACUGCAGAAGGAAAAUGCCACUGCCCCCCUGGCCAUAUUUUAGUGGAAAGGGAUAUAAAUGGAACGUUGUUGUCUCAAGCAACUUGUAAGCUCUGUGAUGGAACGGAAAACUCUUUUACAGUAGCAAAUACCUUAGGAAACAGGUGUGUCCGAUGUGAGCCAACAUUCAUUAAUACCAGCAGGUCCUGUGCGUGUUUAGAACCUAACACUUUAACAGGGGGCUUAUGUUUCGGCAGCACAGGGAAUUUUCCUCCACCUAUGAUUUCACCUGCACGUUAUGGAGAGCUUGUGAGUAUGUUUACAUUUUUUGUUUCAUUAAGAAUAUUUCUGCAUUUCUUUGAUCAUGCAGAUAUCGAGGUCCCAAAGCAGGAGUUACCUGGCUUGUUCAUGCUUAAGAUACAGGAAAGAGGCUGGAGUGGCAGGAGCAGAGAGCAGGGGAAGUGGAGAAGUGAGUUCAGGGAUGAUAGGCAUGGCUGUGGCAAGGAUCUGGGGUUUACUGUAGGGGAGCUUUGUCCAGACACAGAAACAAGAUUAAAUGCAGCGUAUUCUUUUGGAACAACCUAUCAACAAGACUGUGUAAUUCCUGUCUCUAAGAUCUUAACUGACUUCCCCACUCCUAUAUUUUUUGAUUUAUACCUUGAAUAUACCGAUGAAAAUCAACACCAAUAUAUUUGGGCUCUGCCUGUGUUAAACCUAAAUCUUCAACACAAUAAAAUAUUUGUGAACCAAGACAGUAACUCUGGCAAGUGGCUUCUGACUCGGCGCAUUUUCUUAGUGGAUGCACUAAGUGGACGAGAAAAUGACUUAGGAAGUCAGCCAAGAUUAAUUCGAAUUGCUACGCGGAUAUCACUGAGCAUCCACCUUGUACCCAACACAAAAAAAGGAAACAUCUACCCUCCCUUGAUUACCAUUGGCUACAGUGACAUUGAUGUCAAAGAUCCCAACAGCCAGUUUGUGAAGGUUUCUUUCUCUGUCGAAUAUGAAAUGAAUCAAGAAGCAGCGCGUAUCCAGACAGAUAUUGCUUUGGGUGUGUUGGGUGGGCUCGCUGUUUUAACAUCUCUUUUGAAGACGGCGGGGUGGAAGAGGCGCAUUGGGAGUCCUAUGAUUGACCUACAGACAGUUAUGAAGUUCAUGGUGUACUAUGCUGGUGACCUGACCAAUGUAUUUGUUAUCAUCACGGUGGCAACGGGUCUUUACUGGCUUAUUUUCUUCAAAGCACAGAAGUCUGUCUCUGUGUUUCUGCCAACGCCGACUCAGGAAGAACGUUUUGUUACUUUUGUGGGAUGUGCUUUUGCUCUGAAGGCUCUGCAAUUUUUGCAUAAGCUCGUAUCCCAGGUUACCAUUGAUAUAUUCUUUAUCGAUUGGGAGCGACCUAAAGGGAAGGUUCUUAAAGCUGUCGAAGGUGAGGGUGGUGUGAGGAGUGCUACCGUUCCCGUAAGCAUAUGGAGAACAUAUUUUGUAGCAAAUGAAUGGAAUGAAAUUCAGACUGUGAGAAAAAUUAAUCCACUUUUUCAAGUACUUACUGUCCUCUUCUUUUUGGAGGUUGUGGGAUUUAAGAACUUAGCAUUAAUGGAUUCAUCCUCUAGUCUUUCCAGAGACCCAUCCAGCUACAUAGCUCCAUAUAGUCGCAUUCUGAGAUAUGCAGUGUCUUCCGCUCUCUGGCUAGUGAUUGGAAUGAUACAGAUCCUGUUCUUUGCUGUCUUUUAUGAGAGAUUUAUAGAAGAUAAAAUUCGGCAGUUUGUGGAUUUAUGCUCUAUGAGCAAUAUAUCAGUGUUUCUGUUAUCCCACAAAUGUUUUGGAUAUUACAUUCACGGUAGAUCAGUACACGGGCAUGCAGAUACUAACAUGGAAGAAAUGAAUAUGAAUCUGAAAAGAGAAGCGGAAAACUUGUGUAGCCAGAGAGGUUUGGUGCCCAACACAGAGGGUCAGACCUUCCAGAUUGCAAUUUCUGGCCAGAUGAGACAGCACUAUGACAGAAUUCACGAGACGCUAACAAGGAAAAAUGGCCCUGCUAGACUAUUGAGUUCAUCAGCAAGUACUUUUGAGCAGAGUAUAAAGGCAUAUAAUACUAUGAAUAAAUUCCUUGGCUCUUUCAUCGAUCAUGUUCAUAAGGACAUGGACUACUUUAUAAAAGAUAAAUUGCUUCUUGAAAAAAUUCUUGGAAUAGAAUUCAUGGAACCAAUGGAAAAAAGCAUCUUUUAUAAUGAUGACGGUUAUUCAUUCAGCAGCGUUCUGUAUUAUGGAAAUGAAGCCACUCUUCUUAUUUAUGAUCUGCUGUUCUUCUGUAUUGUGGACUUGGCUUGCCAAAACUUUAUUUUAGCAGCCUUCCUUACAUAUCUACAACAAGAGGUUUUUAAAUUUAUUCGUAAUAUAGUAGGACAGAAGAAUUUGGCAUCCAAAACAUUGGUGGAUCAAAGGUUUUUGAUUUAAUUUAUUGAAUAGAUAACUUAAAAACUCAAUAUAAUCAUAGCCAAAAAAGGUCAUGAUUAUCAGGUUUGCCAUAUUUUUUAAUACAAAUUAUUAUAUUUUUAUUUGUUUUUAAACUAUAGAAAGACUUAUUUUUAUAAUUUGUGGAUACAUAAUUUGCUCUGAAAGUAUAUAAUAUGAUAUAAUGGAAAAUACUGUGUUACCAUUAUAUGUAGUAUUUAAUUCACCAACUCAUAGAUUAGACAGCACUGUCAAUGGGGCAAUAAAAACCCAAAUGUUGCUUUCAGCGUAACACUUUUUAAUAAUUUCAAAACAGUGCCCAUCAUUUGUCUCUGGAUUAUUUUUAAGCUUGGAUUUGCCUGCAUUUUCUCACAUUGAAAAAAUUAUUUGAUUUCAAGUUCAAGCCUAGUUUUUAGUUUAGUGUUUUCUUGUUUUACAUAUUUUAUGAUUAAAUAAAUGUUGAGAAACAUUUUUAAGUUU